AUGCCUGACGGAGUUCGGGUGCUGACGCUGGCAUUGAUGCUCCUGGCCGCCAGGAAAGCUCAGGAGUGCUCUCCUGGGGGACACCAGUUUCUUCAGAGCCCUUACAGAAGUGUCCAUUUUGACUCCCUGUGCCUCCAGCAGUUAGCCAUUCAAGACCUGAUAUGUGACCACUCCCUUUCUCCCGGAUGGUAUCGAUUUCUCCUCUUUGCCAGACCUGCUAAGAUGCCAACCAAAUGUGUUGAGAUGAACCACUGUGCAACACAGGCCCCCAGCUGCCUGUCUCUGAAUGAUUCAGAAACACUACCUCCACCUGGGGAGAUCAAGCAAUUGACAGCUUGUGCCACAUGGCAGUUUUUGUUUAGCACUACAAAAGACUGCUGUCUUUUUCAAAUCCCAGUGUCCGUAAGAAACUGUGGAAAGGUUUUUGUGUACUUACUACAACCCACUCAGGGAUGUAUGGGAUAUUGUGCAGAAGGUCAGCUGUCUGCCUCAUUGCCACCACCACCUCCAGGAAGGCCAGAGGUUGUGGUGCAGCUGAUUGAGUCCAGGCUUUUCUGUAGGUGUGCUUUUGAUGUUUCCCCUACAAACAACUCAGUGGGAUUUCUCAUAGCUUGGUCUAGGCUUUCUUCUCUAGAAAUCAAAGAGGAGCUGAAACAAGAGACCACAGUUCAACCAUUCUCUCUUUUAGAACUGGAUGGCAUAAAUCUCAGACUUGGAGACAGGAUAUUUUGUAGUGCUUCCAUCUUUUUCUUGGAGAAACCACAUGUACAAAGUUUAGCCAUCAAAAGCUGAGAAUUUUUUGCAGGCAUUAAGUUACAACCUGAACUGAACACUGUAUCAGAAGAUGGGAAAGAAUACCAGUUGAGGAUAGAGAGCACAAUUCCUAUCGUUUGUCCUGAAUUCAGUGAGCUUGAUCAGGAGUGCAAAAUCUCAUUAAAACUGACAACUGUUGAUCAAGGUAAAGAACAGCUAGGCUUAAAUUUGUCACUAUCUUCCUGUCACGUGGACCUUCACCAGACAUCAUCCUGUGCUAACGGAACCUGCAGCAAUGCUUUUGUGUACUACACUGCUGUAACAGAUUUUUCUCAAGAUGGAAAUAGAGUCACGAAUAUUGUAGUAGAACCUAUAGUUAAUGAGGAUUUCCUAUGGAACAGCUACAUUCCAGAUAGCAUCCAGAUCAGAGUAAAGGAUGUCCUGACUGCUUACUGCUAUUCAUUUACUGACCCACAUAUAAUUACCUUUGAUGGCAGAUAAUUUCCUGUAAGUUUUUUCCUUUGGAUGUAUGAUAACUUCAAGACUGGAACAUUUGUGCUUUAUAAGAGUGUGUCGCGUGAUUUUGAAGUCCAUGUAUGUCAGUGGGACUGUGGAAGCCUCCACUAUCCUGUGUCAUGUAACUGCGGCUUUGUUGCCAAAGAAGAAGGUGAUGUAGUUACUUUAGAUAUGUGCGGUGGUCAGCUACAUGAAUCACAGCCAUAUUUAUUUGUAAAGAGCCAAGAUGUAACUAGCAAUAUAAAGAUAAGUGAAUCUUACUUAGGAAGAAAAGUCACGAUCUGGUUUUCUUCUGGAGCAUUUAUCCGUGCUGACCUUAGGGAGCGGGGCAUGAGUUUAACAAUCAGAGCCCCUAGUUUAGAUUACAGAAACACUUUGGGACUUCGUGGCACCUUUGAUGAAAACCCAGAAAAUGAUUUCCAUCACAAAAAUGGGAUCAAAAUUGAUCAAACUUUUAAUAAUUGUGUUGCUUUUAUUAAUGAAUGGAGGAUUUUACCAGGAAAAAGCAUGUUUGACACAAUGCCAGUUUCUCUGCCAUCACCUAGAAAACAAUCCUAUUGUAGCUGCUCAUUGGACACUACUUCAUUGCAUCCAUCUUCUAAUCAUCUGGAAAGUGUUUCUCAAUCAGAGAUUGUUUCAGCUUGCAAAGACCCCAAACAUGUCAAAUUCGCUUCCUUGACACCAGAGCUAGAUGUCACCUCUGAAUAUAUUAAUUCAGAAGCUCCUGUUAGAGGAAUAAACAAGCAUACAUCUCGAGAAAAGAAUAAUUUGUAUUUCUUUCCUCAAGAAAAAAAGCAUGUGAAUCUAACCAAUCUGGACUUAAAUUUACAAAAACAUCCUGGGAAUGAAAAACAAGAUGCAUCAAAAACUUUGGACAAGGGGAGACAUACACAGGACCAGGGUAAUCACAGCCAAGAAACAAGGUGGGAUCGACAAGACAGAUGGAAACAGCAAAACUUCAGUGAGUUUCUUCCUGUGUUUGCUUUUCAAAGUCUCAGCCAAAGUGACCUAGAAGAGUUUACUUACUUUUUCCCUGAGGACCAUACUGAGGAUGUCCACCAAGAGUCUGUCCCCACGUGGCCCACACCAUCUGGCCACACCGAAUACAGCACAUCGGCACUAUGUCAGCACACUCUUGCCAACUCCAGCAUGGGAAUGCACUGUCUUGCCUUUCUUGGCAAGAGACUAGACAGUGUGAUAGAGAUGUGUGUUAAGGAUGUUCUCCUAAAAGAUGAUCUUAGCUGGGCAGAAGCAGGUGUGGCCCUUUUAGAAAAUGAAUGUGAAAAGAGGAUUUUGGAAGAGGGGAAAUAUAACAGAGAAGAAUACAGCAAGUCAAUUAAAGACAUUCUCUUGUCAUUAAAAUGCCCCAAUUUAUGCAGUGGCCAUGGGCAGUGUAUGGAAUGGGGGUGUGCAUGCUCCCCAGGCUUUAGUUCCUAUGAUUGCAGUGAUUCACACGACAAGGUUCCUGAAAUUAUAGAACUUGAGAAUGCUGGAUUGUGUAAUAUUCAAAAAUAUAACUGUAUGAUGGGGAGAGUUUUUGGUCAAGGCUUCAAAGAAUCACCUUCAAUUAAAUGUGAAGUUACUAAACUGAAGGUAAAAACUGCCAGGAAGAUGUUGAUGAGUGUGAAUCCAGGCCUUGCUUUUCAGGAGCAGAGUGCCUCAAUACCUGUGGUUCAUGUCCAAAAGCAUUUUACGGUGAUGGAAAAAUAUGUCAUGCUCGAGCUGACUAAGGCACACAUGAAAUAUGAGGAAGAAGAAAUAGUUUCAGAGAGAAAAGAUAAUGAAUUCAUUGAAACACAGUUUUUAAAUGAAUUUACUAAACACACUGUGGUUCUCACAAGGUCUGACAACAGUGUAACUAAGGAAGAGGAUGGUAAAAAUGCCAAUCAGAGGGAGAGGAAAGUUAAGCCAACAAAUGGAAAUGCCUCUACCAUUUGUAGACAUCCAUGUGGAAAAAACAGGGAGUGUGUUGUCCCAAACAUAUGUGAAUGUAAACCUAGUUACACUGGUUCUAACUGCCAAACUGCUAGGUCUGUAUGUCAUCCUGAUUGCAAAAACCAUGAAAAAUGUAUUUAGCCUAACAUUUGUGAAUGUCCCCCAGGACAUGGUGGAGCUACCUGUGAUGAAGAACACUGUAGACCACCUUGUCAACAUGGUGGCACCUGCUUGGCUAGAAACCUCUGCACUUGUCCUUAUGGUUUUAUAGGACCAAGGUGUGAAACAAUAGUUUGUAACAGGCACUGUGAAAAUGGAGGUAAAUGUCUUACACCAGUUGUUUGCCAGUGCAAGCCUGGCUGGUAUGGACACACCUGUAGCACAGCUUUGUGUGACCCUGUUUGCCUCAAUGGUGGUUCCUGUAAUAAGCCAAACACUUGCCUCUGUCCAAAUGGAUUCUUUGGUGCACAGUGUCAGAAUGCUAUCUGUCACCCUCCCUGUAAGAAUGGUGGUCACUGCAUGAGAAAUAAUGUGUGUGCCUGUCCUCAAGGAUACACUGGUAGGAAAUGCCAAAAAAGUAUCUGUGAUCCCAUAUGCAUUAAUGGAGGAAAGUGCAUGGGACCAAACCUUUGCUCUUGUCCUUCUGGCUGGACAGGGAAACAAUGCAACACACCUAUCUGCUUUCAGAAAUGUAAAAAUGGUGGUGAGUGUAUUGCUCCUAGCAUAUGCCAUUGUCCUAUGACAUGGGAAGGAGCACAGUGUCAAAUACCAAUUUGCUCUCAAAAGUGUCUUUAUGGAGGCAGAUGCGUACUCCCCAACAUAUGUUUUUGCCGCACUGGAUAUACUGGAGUCAAAUGUGAAAAGAAAAUACAGGUAAGGCCAAAGGUGGUCACUCAGGGAUACAAAAAGUUAGAGCUGAGGCCUUGGGACCAUCAAACAGAUCUAAAAGUAGCUGGGGAUAAGUCCUGCUCCUCCACCCCGGGUUAUGACAACACCCACACUUAG